AUGACACCUUAUUCAGAAUCGAUAUAUUCUAUGUCGGAAGAUAAUAAUUUUGAAACAUAUUCUCUUAUAUGGCUUGAUGCUUCAGCUAACUCAAAAGAUAAUAUUGAAACUCAAGCAAUAUUUCGAUCAUUUAUAAAUCAUUUACAAAUAUUCGAAAAUCUUGAUCAAUGUGAACAAUAUAUUCAAUCAGUUUCACUAGAUGAUCGAAUUGUUUUUGUUGUUAGUGGUAGUUUUGGUCAACAAAUUAUACCUAAAAUUCAUUCUCUUCAACAAAUUUUUUCAAUUUAUAUUUAUUGUGAAAAUCAACAGUUUCAUCAUCAAUGGAGUCAACAAUAUAAUAAAGUAAAAAGUGUUUGUAAUCAAUUACACGAAUUGAUUAAGAGAAUCCAAUAUGAUCAUUGUGAACGAAGACAAAAUAAAUCUGAUGAACCAUUAUCAAUGAGUAUUUUCGAUCAAAAUAAUGAUUAUGAACAAUCAACAACAGGACUUGAUGGUCGAUUUCUUCAAACACAAUUAUUAAUUGCUUGUCUUGUUAAAAUGAAAACGACUCCAAGAGAUAAAAAUGAAUUUCUAUUACAAUGUCGAGAAAUUUAUAAAGAUAAUCCUAAACAAUUAAAAAUUAUCGAUGAAUUUGAACAAGAUUAUGCCGAUGAAUAUUCUUUAUGGUGGUAUAGUAGAGAAACUUUUAUCUAUCGUUUAUUAAACAAAGCACUUCGUAUUCAAAAUAUCGAUUUUCUUUUCCUCUUUCGUUUUUUUAUUCGUGAUAUUGAACAACAACUUUAUGAAAAUCAAUAUCUAUCACCUAUACGUGUCUAUCGAGGCCAAUUAAUGUCAUCGGAUGAAUUAAAUAUAUUAAAAAAAUCACAAAAUAAAUUAAUAUCAAUAAAUUCAUUUCUUUC